AUGUCUCUCUCUCGCCCCUCCUCUUCCCCCGAUCCCCUCUGGAUCGGGGCAGCAAAUCCCGCCGCCGCCCCGACGCUCGCCGACGACCGACGCCCCCCCGACACCGAACCGGCGCCCCGCCACCUCGACGUCGUCAUCCUGGGCCUCGGCGCCCCGUCCGUGCCCCGCGCCGCUGCCUCCAAUGGCCUCGUGCUAGCCACAGCUUCACCACCGACUGCGCCCUCGCCGCCCGGAACGCCGCCUCGCCGGAGUUCCUCCCCAACGUUGCCGUCGUCCCCGACCUCCGUCAAGCCCAGUGCCCCGACCCCUGCUCCGCACGGUGAGGCCACGGCCUCCCUCUCCUCCUCCCCCCCCGCUCGCGCACACGGCCGCGGCCUCCUCCCCGCGAGGCCGCGCUCGGCCGCGCCCGCCGUCGCGCCCCGGCCCCCCUGA